GCAACACCCUUCCUUGUUCACUUACUAUAGAGUAUGCAAAAAGGAACCACAAUGUUCGAGUCCAAUGUAUGAGAUUGAAAGUUAUCUACAUUUUGUUUUGUUGUUACUUCUCGUAUUUCUUUCGCUUUAAGUGUUUUAUUUGAAUCAUGUCGAGAGGGAAAAGAGUGGACUUAUAGUGAGUCAAGUGAGUUGUUCACAUUGAGUAGUACUGAAGUAAACAACUUCCUGUCUAUGUGUACAUCUCUACAGAACUGACAGGUAUGGAGACUUGUUGUUUAUGAUCAGAAAGGGGUCGACAUUUGUCAAGAAACUACAUUUGGUAAUUUGUAUUUCACCCUUAUGUUUCAGAAUGGAUGAAGCUCAGUACAGCAUGAAAAUGAUUGAAAAUGAGGUAAGAGACCUAUUUUGAUAUGUUUUUGCUGGAUGUGUUAGUAUGUCCAUUAUGCUAUGUUAGAAUAAAAUACAUUUGUAAAGAUGUAAUAAUAUGUAUAUAAAAAAAGAGCUCCCUCUUUAAAACAUGUAAUCUCCCCAGCUGAUGAUGAAUUUAUCGACAUAUGAGUUCAUGCCCCCUGUGGACGUCAAGAUUGAGCCCUACGUCCCUGAGACAGGUGGGUUUAUACCUUAUGUACACAUGGUACCAUAUGGAUACAGCAUACUCAAGUUGUAGUGAUAUUAUUUGGUAUGAUGUGGAUAUGGUAUGUACACUCAAGUAGAAGUGAUCUCACUGACAAUUUUUUUUAAUGGCUUUCAAAACUGUGCAAAUACUGUAUGUAGUGCAUAGUAAUUAUGAUAUCUUACACAAUGAACCAUUUAUACACUGUAUGUAAUGUACAGUGCCUUGCAAAAGUAUUAAUCCCCUUUGGCGUUGUUCCUAUUUUGUUGCAUUACUACCUGUAAUUUAAAUUGAUUUUUAUUUGGAUUUCAUGUAAUGGACAUACACAAAAUAGUCCGAAUUGGUGAAGUGAAAUGAAAAAAAUAACUUGUUUCAGAAAAUUCUAAAAAAUAAAUAACGGAAAAGUGGUGCGUGCAUAUGUAUUCACCCCCUUUGCUAUGAAGCCCCUAAAUAAGAUCUGGUGCAACCAAUUACCUUCAAAAGUCACAUAAUUUGUUAGAUUGCACACAGGUGGACUUUAUUUAAGUGUCACAUGAUCUCAGUAUAUACAGUGGGGAGAACAAGUAUUUGAUACACUGCCAAUUUUGCAGGUUUUCCUACUUACAAAGCAUGUAGAGGUCUGUAAUUUUUAUCAUAGGUACACUUCAACUGUGAGAGACGGAAUCUAAAACAAAAAUCCAGAAAAUCACAUUGUAUGAUUUUUAAGUAAUUCAUUUGCAUUUUAUUGCAUGACAUAAGUAUUUGAUCACCUACCAACCAGUAAGAAUUCCGGCUCUCACAGACCUGUUAGUUUUUCUUUAAGAAGCCCUCCUGUUCUCCACUCAUUACCUGUAUUAACUGCACCUGUUUGAACUCGUUACCUGUAUAAAAGACACCUGUCCACACACUCAAUCAAACAGACUCCAACCUCUCCACAAUGGCCAAGACCAGAGAGCUACUUGAGGGAAAUACUUGAGGGAAACCUGUUUCAGUCUUCCAGAGAUUUGAGACUGGGACGGAGGUUCACCUUCCAGCAGGACAAUGGCCCUAAGCAUACUGCUAAAGCAACACUCGAGUGGUUUAAGGGGAAACAUUUAAAUGUCUUGGAAUGGCCUAGUCAAAGCCCAGACCUCAAUCCAAUUGAGAAUCUGUGGUAUGACUUAAAGAUUGCUGUACACCAACUUGAAGGAGCUGGAGCAGUUUUGCCUUGAAGAAUGGGCAAAAAUCCCAGUAGCUAGAUGUGCCAAGCUUAUAGAGACAUACCCCAAGAGACUUGCAGCUGUAAUUGCUGCAAAAGGUGGCUCUACAAAGUAUUGACUUUGGGGGGGUUGGGGGGGGGGUGUGAAUAGUUAUGCAGGCUCAAGUUUUCUGUUUUUUUGUCUUAUUUCUUGAUUGUUUCACACAAAAAUAUUUUGCAUCUUCAAAGUGGUAGGCAUGUUGUUUAAAUCAAAUGAUACAAACCCCCAAAAAUCAAUUUUAAUUCCAGGUUGUAAGGCAACAAAAUAGGAAAAAUGCCAAGGGGGGUGAAUACUUUCACAAGCCACACACAUAUGCUGCCAGUAUAUUUUUGUUAUUUGGAUUCUCUGCCCUGGUUUUUUGAAGGGUUUGGAUGUGAGUCUUGAUUUGUAGCGUCCCUCUUCCAUUGACAGUAACCCUGUGUGUUUCUUUGUUACAGCUCAUGGACCCUACAUUCAGAUAAUUGAGGAGCCCAAAAAGGUGAGCUCAGAGUUGCUCUUAAAUAGUGGAAUUACGUCUUCCCUUGUUGUACUGUUUCUGUUCAAAUAAUUACAUAAGUCUGAACACAAGUUCUUCCCUCUUUCAUUGCGAAACUAUGAUAUUCACCUAAUCAGUUGAUUCACACCAACCAUUUUUCUAUAGGUACUUUAUAUCUAGCUCAUGCUCUCAACUCUCCCAAAGAAGGAGCCCUUUGAACUAGAAUGGAAUUUAGACAUUGGCUUGUCCCCUACUCCUGUCUUUGCUUUAUGGGGUUAGAGUAUGACGGUGGGUUGGGAAGACCAGUAUUUAGGAAGUGAAUGUUUGUUACAGUAAGUGCUGGCACUGAUGUUGGGGAAUUUUCCCUUACUUCCUUGUUCGCCUGUCUGCAGAGAGGCUUCAGAUUCCGCUAUGAGUGUGAGGGUCCAUCCCACGGUGGGCUCCCAGGGGCCUCCAGCGAGAGGAACAGGAGGACCUACCCCACUGUCAAGGUCAGCUACUGUACUGUACUGUAGUACACACUGUUGGAUACUUGGCUGUCUGUUUGAUCUUUUAGCUUCACUGUCUUUUCAUCAUGUGUUCAAUGGAGUCCAAUACGCUUUCGAAUGUGUAUAUGUGAUAUAUUGACAUCACGGUAUUAUUUGCGACACAUGUUGUAAAUAUAAACAAUUGUUACAGUAAUUUCACUGUAAAGUUGUGCUUCUCCACUGAAUCAUCUUGCUUUGUUAGUGUAUCAGUGUAGGGCAUGAACAUACUUACAUUUAGUCAAUAAUGAUCUGUCUAACUCUCUCUCGUUCUAUCUGUCGUUCUAUCUGUCUGUGUCUCCAGGUAUCUAACUAUGUGGGGAUAGCCAGGGUAGAGGUGCAGCUGGUGACCCACACUGACCCCCCUCAGGUCCACGCUCACAGUCUGGUGGGGAGGCACUGCUGCACGGAGAGUGGAACAUGCAGUGUGGAUGUGGGCCCCAAUGACCUCACAGCACAGUGAGUACAGAUUGGUUGUCUGUCUUUUAUUGUCACAUUUCAUUGCACACUGAUCUAGAUAUUUAGCACUUGGAUUAACUUGAUGAAGCCCGUGAAUGUGAUGUGUGUACAAUAGGGAAGGGAAAAGGGAUACCUAGUCAGUUGCACAACUGAAUGCAUUCAACCAAAAUGUGUCUGCCACAUUUAACCUAACCCCUCUAAAUCAGAGAGGUGAAGGGGGCUGCCUUAAUCGACGACCACGUCAUCGGUGCCCAGGGAGCAGUUGUUGUUGGGGGUUAACUGCCUUGCUCAGUGGCAGAAGGGCAGAUUUUUCCACCUUGCCGGCUCGGUCAUUCUAACCAGCGACCUUUCGGUUACUAUCCCAACGCUCUUAACCACUAGGCUACCUGCCGCAACAUGACUGGUAAAUGUCAACAUCUCUCGAACUUCCCGUUUCUCAUUCUAUUUUUCUCUCUGUAGGUUCAGUAACCUCGGCAUCCUUCAUGUCACUAAGAAAGGGGUGGUGGAAGUGUUGUUCAAGAGACUGAGAGACGAGAAGAGGAACCAAAAGGGGCAGCACUACCAUUUUACUGGUAAGAGCCUGCAACCCUACUUCACUGUCCUUGAGGAAAUCUACUCUGUGAGGGCGGAAUCCUAACUUGAGAUAUACUACGUGAAACCCACAUAUUUGUGCAAAUCGCAAUGCAUGGUUUACAUGUUAGUCCAUAUAAAUCAAUGUCUUUGUGAAAACUGCUACAAAAACACCCUCUCUAUGUCUAUCUCCCACAGAUGCAGAGGAACAAGCCAUAUUGAGAGAAGCCAACGAGCUGGGCAGGAUCAUGGACCUGAACAUAGUGAGGUUAAAGUUCACGGCCUACCUCCAGGACAGUAACGGAGGGUUCUCUAGGGCCCUGAAGCCGGUGGUCUCCAACCCCAUUUUUGACAGCAGUGAGUAGAAACUCUCUCUACCUCUGUGUUCUUCAAUCCUGGCCCUGGGGACCUACAGGCUUUUGUUUCAGACCAGUACUAACAUAUCUGAUUAAAUGAAUAAACUAAUCAUCAAGACCUUGAUUAGUUGAAUAUGUUGUGUUAGUGCUGAAAAAUGUACAUGUAUUACCAUUGUCAGUAGUGAACACAUUAUUAUAUUUAUCUACCCAGAGUCACCCAACGCCUCCAACCUGAAGAUCUCCCGUAUGGAUAAGACCUCUGGGUCUGUGCUGGGAGGGGAUGAGAUCUUCCUACUGUGUGACAAAGUACAAAAAGGUGAGGGGGUAGUUCAGCCCACACUGAUUUUACAAUAGUUUGCCAGGAAACAAUUUACACAAUUUCAUCCAUUAUCAUAUUUUGUUCUACUUUUCAGAUGAUAUUGAGAUCCGCUUUUAUGAGGAGGAUGGAAGCUGGGAGGCCUUUGGUGACUUCUCUCCAACUGAUGUCCACAAGCAGGUACAGAGUCUUUACUCAGUGUGAAGUGAGAGUGUGUGUCAGGGGGGAUUUUGUGUGAGUAAUAAGUAUUGGUAUUCUUGUAAAUAUUUGGCAACAGUUGACUCCACACCAUGUAUGAUCUUACUCAUACCCCUCUCAUAUAUGUCACUGUUUGGGUCCCUACCUGUGCAGUACGCCAUCGUGUUCAAGACGCCCCCGUACCACAGCACAGAGAUCGAUCGUUCAGUCACUGUAUUCCUCCAGUUGAAAAGGAAGAAAGUGGGAGACUGCAGCGACCCCAAGCAGUUUACCUAUGUUCCUCAAGUUCAAGGUGAGUUAGUCUGCUACUCACAGUCCCUUCUGCAAGAGAGAACAAUGAUGAAAUACAGAGCCAGAGGUCCCAUUGGAUUGAAUCGAACCCUUUUAACUCUUUCUCUUCCCCUCUCCCUCUCACUUCGUCUCUCUCCAUCUCUCCUCUGUGUGUGUAACUUAGAUAAAGAGGAGGUGCAGCGUAAGAAGCAGAAGCCCCUCCCCUAUAAUGACCAAUGGAGAGGAGCUGGGGGGGCAGGGAGAGGGGCUGGAGGAUUUGGAGGAGCCGGAGAAGGUGGUGGUGAGGAACCUAGAUCUACAUACUUGAACUCUGAACUUUCUUUUCUGUCAGCCCUUCAUCUCGUUUCUAUCAGAUUAAAUGCUGGCCUCAUCCGUUAACCCUUGUGACAACUAUGUCAUCAUCACUAAAUCAUUUCUUUCCUAUCCACAGGCUUCCAGUUUAACCAGCAGAUUAAUGGAUCUGGGUGGAUGGGGGGUGGAUUCACCGGUUUUGGGGGAGGUGGAGCCCAGAUGUCAGGCACCACUGCCCUGGCUGAGGGUACCCAGCAGCAGCAGCAGGCAGGAGGGAUGGCUGGACAGACGCCAGGACAGACGCCAGGACAGACAGCCUCACCACUACAACAGCAACUCUUCCAGAUUGGUAAGCCACAUUAUAGCAGUGCUGGGGCAGGGGAAACUAGAGUUAGCUAGCUAGAUGUUGGAGAAAUUGUCAUAAGAGUUGUGUUAUGCUAAUGUUGUGACUAUCCUGUUGUUUCCAGCUGCCACUCUCCAGAGCAGGGCCACUCGGAUGACCAAGCAGACAGCUGGGGCUCUCUUACAGUACUGUACCACUGGGGACGUCCGGGUCCUUCUGGCAAUGCAGAGACACCUAUGUGGGGUCCAGGAUGAAAACGGAGAUACGUGAGUCUAACUCCGCCUCUACUGCACAUCAGUACAAGUUUUUGAGGAUCUGAGUUGAGUGUCUGCCUCCAUUAUCUAUACAUUACACUGUACAUGCUGUGUGUUUGUAUUGAGUUUGCUGUGCUCAAUUGUGUGUUCUGUCUCCCCGCAGGCCUUUGCACCUGGCCAUCAUUCACCAGCAGUCAGCUGUGAUCCAGCAGCUGGUUCAUACACUCAUCACCAUUCAGCAACGCAAAGUCCUCGACAAGCUCAACCACCUCAGCCAGGUAUUGACCCUUCUGCCACACACCUGGGCUGGACUGAAGUUUAGAAGAUGGACUAUAGAAUAUUUGCAUACAAACAUACAAAGCGCACACAGACUUAUUUUUUUGGAAGACUAGAAUAUGUUUUAGGUCUACCUAGUAGUACAGUUAGGGGUUGUUUAUUGGGCUAUACCAAUAGUUGUUCAAUGUUGAAGUGAUAUUCACAACAUGCCCUUGUCUUCCCUCCUGACUGUGUCUGCCAUCUCUCUCUGAAGACUCCUCUCCAUCUGGCGGUGAUCACCAGACAGGUUAAGGUGGUGGAUGCUCUCCUGAGGGCCGGGGCUGACCCCAGCCUGCUGGACCGGGACGGCCGGACCCCCCUGCACCUGGCAGCACUGGCCGGGGACGACGUCACACUCCGGGUCCUGCUGGGGCACCUAGGAGAACGCUAUACCCACCUGGUCAACAUGGUUGACUAUCAUGGUGAGUUGGGAUGGUGGAAAGAAGGGGGUAAUCUGAGUUUAUUCCGCCCAUGAGACUUUAGCAUGAUAAGUAGACAGUUGGUCUAAUUUUAACCCUAUGUGAAUGAUCAACUAAGCAAUGGUGCAAUUUAUUGUUGCGGUUUAGGAUUGGGAUUCAAUCCAAUCUGUGUUAUAACGCCUUGACAUUUAAAGGUCAUUUCCGAUUGAGCCGGCAUAUGCAGCAAGCAUUUACCGUGAAUGUGAUCUCCCCGUAAAACGCGGGAACAAUGCCUUUUUAAAAGACGCCUUGUCUACAAGCGCGAUCGGAUUGAAUCCCGGCCUAAGACUCACUAUGUGCUUAUUACUGUAGUAGACGGUAUUCAUCUCUCUAAAUUCCCUCUCCUUCUCAGGUCUCCAUCCUCUCCACCUGGCUGUUCGUAAGGGAGGAGAGCGCUGUCUGCGUCUGCUGGUAGAGGGCGGGGCUAAGAUCAACGCCCCCGAGCAGAAGAGUGGAUGCUCCGCCCUCCACCUGGCUGUUAGAGAGAACCUUUUGAAAGUGGCCUGCACUCUCAUCACAGAGGUACCUUACUUGACGCACAGUGCACACACGCGCCUUAUAUAAACUGUGCUACUGUUCUUACUCAGACUCUGUUUCUCUGUUAUCUAACCUGUGGCGUUCCCUCCUCUCCUGUCCUACAGCUGAAAGCAGAUGUAAACGUGUGUACAUUUGGAUGGAACACUCCUCUCCAUCUGGCUGCCAGUCAGGGCUCCCCCACUCUCUGCGCCAUGCUCAUUGCUGCAGGUGAGAUGCAUACCCCCUACCAACUAUCCAAUGCAUGACAUAUGUACACCAUGUUUUUACCUCAGUCAGUUACAUAGGGGCUACAACGAAGUCAAGAUUCAAGUGUGUGAGCAGUCAUUUAUUGUGGAUCACCAGGUUUUUUGCUUUGGAAAAGUGUCUGCUAAAUGGCUACUAAAUGAACGUGAAUAGAACGCAAAUAAAACACUAACGACUUUCCUCUCCUCAGGAGCCGAUAAGAAUCUGGAGAAUGAUGAGCCGCUCUUCUUCAGCUCCUCUUCGUCAGAUGAGGAGCAGGAGGAUGGACCAAUAAGAGAUUUCAGAGAGUUACAGAUCCAACAGCUACCAAACACACCACCACCGUUGGAGAAGGAACAAGUCAACCCUCGUAAGAGACCAGCAACAGGACAUACACCCUUUGACCUGACUAAAUGUCAAAAGGUGAGAUUGAUUAGUCUUAUCAACCCAACAUUUAUGUGUCGAAAAAGUGAUUAAAACAGAACAUGCUGUAGUGUCUGUGGUGUGGAUAGAGGCUGUACUGAGGUUGCUGCCAUUGAACAUACAUAAAUCUUCCCCUGCUACAGGUGAGAAACCUUCUAGACUCCAGACAGAGUCCCAAGCCCAGCCAACACUCAAGUAAAAAGCCUAAACCAAGCAGCACAGAAGGUAAGAGAACGGUCAUACCACCGUUUUGACUCUGAACAUUAUCUGAGAUCUAUCCAGUAAUCUAACCACUGUUCCCAUUCCCCUCAGCAGAAAGUGAGCAGCUAGACAGUGAGACGCUCCAUAAACUGUGUGAGCUCCUCAGUCUGGGCGAUGUGCCCUGGAGACAGCUGGCAGAGAAACUCAACAUGCUCUCACUGGCACACCUGUACCAGGAGAGUCCCUCUCCCUGCUACAGGCUGCUGGAGAAUUACAAGGUGAGCAAGGGGGGCUGUGUGCGUCUGUCUAGUAAGGGGGUAAAUAUUAAGUAUGCUGUUAGAAUGGCAUGACUGUGCUUGAAGAGAAUAAAGCUGAUGGUUCCUGAGUGUGUGAGUUGACAGUAUCUCUCUCUCUCUCUGUGUGUAGUUGGGUGGCGGUCCAGUGGAAGGACUGGUGGAGGCUCUGCAGUCUCUGGGUCUGACUGAAGGAGUGAGACUACUGAGACGGGCUGAGCUGAGAGAGGACAAACAGAACACAGGUACUAGCGCUAAAACAGUCAUAAACAAUGCCCCAGCACACACAUAGACAUUAUCAGUCUCUCUCUCUCUACCAUACACUUAUUCCAUUGCAAAGACAUACUGAAUAUAGAAGUUCCUUCCCAAAUGUUAUUUACUCUGUUUAUGCCUAAUAUGAAAUGAGACAUAAUAACCAUCCUCACUCUGCCAAUCAGAUCAGACAGUGGACAGCGGCUUUGGGAGUCAGCCAAUGGAGGAGCCAGCCUUGGCCAACCAGUGAUCACCAGGAAUGGUGAGGGGUAGGACCAGCUCUGUGGGUGGGACCCUGUGUGAACAAGGUUUCAGUCCAGCAUUUCAUCUUGAUUGAGAUAUAACAAACCCUGUUCAGCACACCCUAUGGGAAACCAUUGGGAAUCUGAUGUC